GCAAAAGCGCUGCUGUCCUCCUGGAUUGCUCGGUUCGGCUGUCCUACAAGCAUUACAACUGACCGUGGCCGUCAAUUUGAAUCGGCCCUAUUUCAAUGCUUAGCUAGGAUGGCCGGAUUCGAGCAUAAAAGGACGACAGCAUACCAUGCUGCUUGCAACGGUAUGGUGGAACGGUUCCACCGUCAGCUGAAAGCGGCUAUCGUCUGUCAUGCAAAUGACAGAUGGACUGAGUCGUUGCCGUGGGUCCUGUUGGGAAUACGUACAUCCUUCAAAGAAGACCUGCAAGGAUCUUCGGCUGAACUGGUUUAUGGAGAGCCAUUGAGACUCCCCGGUGAGUUCUGGGAGCCGAGCGCUGGUACAACUUCGGAUAUAUCCGACUUUUCCGCCAGACUCAAAGGCUACAUGGAGAAGCUACGACCUGUUCCUGCUUCACGACAUUGUAAGCCCAAGGUAUUUGUACACAAGGAACUGGAAACCUGUAGUCAUGUCUUCCUUCGCGAUGAUACUAUUAGAGGUUCCCUCACUCCAGCUUACUCCGGCCCACAUAAAGUACUCGUCAGAGAAGACAAAAUUUUUAAAAUUCUUCUCAAUAACAAGGAAGUGACAGUGUCCAUUGACCGGCUCAAGCCAGCUUUUAUGCUUGACAAUGUCAAGGACACUACCGCUCCUGUGACAGAAACACCUCAGGUACCUGAAACUAAAAGAACUCGUUCAGGCCGUACAAUACAAUUUCCUGAUUAUUAUCGUCCCUGAGGGACUCUGGUGGGGGGUGGUGUAGGUACAUAUACACAUUUCACAUUUACACUUACACAUUUUCCUAUACCUAUAUUAUAUUUAUACAUUUCCUAAACUUAUAUACACACCUACGUCAAUAUCGAUAAACCGUAUCGACUAUCGAUACUAUCGACCUCACCUCCGCCCUAGAGAAAACUGGUCUUGUAGCUAGGCCCGGCGUUCGCGCAGCAGAGGUCAGUUGACAGUCAUUGCCAUGAUACGACGCGGAACGCAUGUCUCCUUUGCUGCGACCUUAUUGUUUUGCUUUUCGCUUCCCGCUUGUUUACGUUACCUAUUUCUAUCUUCUGAACUGUUCUGCUUCUACUUUAAAACUGUGCCUGUGUGUUCUACCCUUCUGUGCCUUCUGUAUUGCUUGUGUAUGGAUUUUCCGUGUACUUUAAUGAAGUAUACCACUUGAACUGUAAGUCUGCAUUAUUAUUUACGAGAUCCCAGUGGAUAGUACAUAACCCUGACCAUACAACCAUAGACCUAUCCAUAGAUACCCCACACGUAUGGGUUUGAUGAAAAAAGAUUUUUUGAGUUUCAGUUCUAAGUAUGGGGAACCCCCAAAAUUUAUUGUUUUUUUUUUCUAUUUUUGUGUAAACAUCAUAAUGCGGUUCAUAGAAUACAUCUACUUACCAAGUUUGAACAGUAUAGCUUUUAUAGUUUUGGAAAAAAGUGGCUGUGACAGAAUCGGACAGACAGACGGACAUGACGAAUCUAUAAGGGUUCCGUUUUUUGCCAUUUGGCUACGGAACCCUAAAAAUGAUCAAUUAUAAAUUUCACACAUUUGUAGCUAAUCGUAUCGCUCAAAUAAAUGAAUACUUACCCGCUUCACACUGGUUCCACGUUCGUGGCGUAGAGAACCCUGCAGGUAUUGUUUCGCGACCUGUAACGCCAAUAGGAUUAAAAAACAACUCACUCUGGUUCCACGGCCCGCAAUGGCUGUCCGCUCCGGUUAAUACCUGGCCUAUAAAGAAAUUUAAAAUAAAUCAUAAUCAACAGGAAGAUUUACAAGAAAUUAAAAUUACAUCGCUUCCGGCGCAAACUUUAUCUACGGCCGAACCUACUCACCCGAUUCAUGACCUCGCUUUAAGAUGUUCGACGUGGACUAAAUUAAUUCGCUCACUCGUAUACGCAUUUCGUUUUGUAAAACUACUCAACUCUCAAGGUUCCAUAACUCCAAAUGACUUAGAAUAUGCAGAAUGCCGCGUAUUACGCUACGAACAAGCAACACACUUCUCUCGCGAGCUCGAUGCUAUUAAAAAUAACAAAUUAAUUCCUAGUAAAUCAGUUCUAAAACUGCGUCCAUUUAUUGACGACCAAGGUCUCCUAAGAGUAGGAGGUAGACUCACUCAUUCUCAAUUAAGUUUUGAUCAAAAACAUCAAAUACUAUUAUCCGCAAAAGGCAGAGUAGUAUCACUUCUAAUAGAUUAUUAUCACUCGUCGAACCUUCACACCGGUCCCGCCUUAGUACUAGCAUUAAUUAGGCAAAAAUAUUGGAUCUUAUCUGCUCGAAAUUUAAUUCGUCAAAGAGUGCACAAAUGCAACUCAUGUUUUAAACUCAAACCAUUGUCUACGCAACCACCGAUGGGUGAUCUUCCCCCCAUUCGAGUCUCUCAAGUAAAAGCAUUCGUACACACGGCUGUCGAUUACGGCGGACCGUUUUAUAUCACUCAUAUACGCCGUCGCGGAGUUAAAAGCCAUAAGGCUUAUAUCUGUUUGUUUGUUUGUUUGACAACAAAAGCCAUCCAUUUAGAAUUGGUCUCCGAUCUGAGCACGGACUUAUUUCUUGCCGCUUUUAAACGUUUCAUUUCACGCAGAGGUCCGGUUUCGAUUUUAUAUAGUGACGGAGGUACAAAUUUUAUUGGAGCAAAACACAAACUAAACGAAAUUUACCCACUGAUACAGUCAACCGAUUAUACUAAAUAUUUAAGUAAUUAUCUAGCGCAACAUAAAAUUACAUUUCAACAUAGUCCACCUUAUGGUCCGCACUUUAACGGUUUGAGCGAAACUAAUGUUAAAUCCGUAAAAACUCACUUAUAUAAAACUAUAGGAAAUCAAAUUUUAACCUAUGAAGAAUUCAAUUCGGUUUUGGUCCAAAUUGAAGGGCUGCUUAAUAGUCGUCCGUCAAUUUGCGUCCUAUCAUCGCAUCCUACUGAUCCAACCGCAUUAUCGCCAAGUCAUUUCUUAAAUAUCACUCCACUCAAGUUUUUACCCGCGGAAAAAGUUGAUACUAAUAUCUCAAAUAAUAUGUUAACUCGCUAUCAACUUUUAAAUAAAAUUGUCCAAAGUUAUUGGAACCGUUUCAGCACGGAAUAUCUCACUUCCCUUCAACAACGCGAUAAAUGGAAUUCAACCUCCAAACCUGUGAGUGUGGGAACAGUUGUUGUCAUUAAAGAUGAUCACGCUCAUCCUAUGUUCUGGCCUCUCGCUGUUGUCUCAGAGGUUUUCCCAGGAAAAGAUAAUAUAAUUCGCGUCGCAAAAGUGACUACUAAUUCAGGAACUUAUGUCCGUCCUGUAACUCGGCUCUGCCCUUUACCUACGCAAUAA